AUGGGGGUCUUUUCUCUUAAGCACGGCCGGAGACAGAGUGAAAGACCGAUGCAUUUGAGGUUCGAGCAGCAGAUGCAGAGGGUCACGGAUGCCGUGAAGCACUUCAUGCAGGAGAUGUCGGAGCACCAGCGUGCAGAUGCAGCACGGUACCUGCGACGUUUGCUGGCGGGUGCCACCGAGCCGGGCGAGAAUUGUAGUACUUGCUACCAUCAACUUUGCGAGGGCGUCGCGCAGGAUUUCUUGGAGGGCGCUGCUGGCUUCGAGCUGUUGCUGCGCUCGGAAGAACGCCAGAGUUUUGAGCGCUGCGUGCUCACCUCAGUGCUACUCCUGGCGCUGAGCAAGCGCUACCGCGUGGAGUACGGCGCCCACCCGGCAGCAGAUCGCCGCAUGGCGGUGCCCUACCGCGCCAAGGACGUGGCAGCCGAACGCGCCGAGUUCGGGCACCCCGACGUGGCCAUCCUGCUCAGCAUUCUGACGUACUACCGUGGAGGCUUGUCAGACACUCACCUUGACGAGGUCUUUGGGAGGCUGCAGAGGAGGGCAGUGGAAACAGAGGCGGCCUUGAUCUAUGAGCAUUGGACUGGUGAGAUGAAGGAUCACAUGCCUGAAGAUCUCCGAAAGUGGUCCGGUGUGAACCUUGACAACAGGCAGAGGGUCUUGGAAAGGCUGUACCCAAAACUGCGACGCCAUCGACGCGUGGUCGACUUUUGGCUAGACGAGGUUGUGUUUCCGGUGGAGGCCAAAUGCUUCCCUCACAAGAUAGCGUCCACGGGUUGGGACUUGUGCACGCACGAUCAUGUGACGACUGGCUUCUCUGGCACCAACGACACACGCUUGCUGCUGCCUUUGUCCAUCAAGCAGAAGGAUUUGGAAGCGCUGACAUGCACCAACGGGAUUGUGUUGCGCAACUUGCUGAUCAAGGACAACAACUGCUACACGGCGCUCGCGCCUUGUGAGGCUCCUAGCGGCGCAAGUUUGCUUGUGAGCGCCCGGGCUAGCAAGCAUGUCAUCAACGUCGUGCUAGACGCGGGGGCGUGGGUGACGGACAUGUCCAAUGAGAAGUUUGCCCACGAGUGGCUCAAGAUCCGCGAUGACAUGGAAGCUGUCGUGUUCUUUGGAGCUGACAACGACAUUCUGGUCAUGAAUCACGCUGGCUCAAAGAUGCCUUUGGCGACAUCUCCAUACGAGUCGUCGCUGAACAAAUGCCUCUUGUAUUUGGACGACAUCCACACGCGCGGCUCAGACUUUCGCCUCGCGCCUGGAACCCAUGCCGCAGUGACCCUGGGGCGGCGCAUGCAGAAGGACAAGCUGGUCCAGACAUGCAUGCGCAUGCGUCUGUUGGGGAGCGCCGUUCAGCUUUCGCAAGCUGCCUUGAUGAGCAACCGCGCUGCGAAGCCAAGUUCAAGGAAAGUGUCAUUCUACGCGCCCUUUGAAGUGGACCAGCAGCUUGCAGGAUUCCGCGCGAGACUGCCUGGCCAGGCUGCUUGCCGGGACCUGCUCGCGAUCCUCUCUUGGUGCUUGGCCAACACAGCUCGGGCAAUUGCCGAGAAUCUGCCCUACUGGGCAGCACAGGGCAUCACGAGGUCACAGAGGCAAUACGCCUAUGACAACUAUUACGACAGAGAUGAUCCGGAGUGCUGCGACUUGGACUCCUUGUCCAGUGCUUGCGCCGAAGAUGAAAAUUGGUCGCUUCAGGAGAUGUAUGGGCAAGCUCGCGGGCAUCGGCCCAUGCCAGCUGUGGUUUAUUCUAUGAUCCGGCGCCGGGCUCGUGCUGCCAACAGGGAGGACGUCCUUAUGGAGGGCGGCGUUGAAGAACGCAUCAUGAAGCAUGUCGAAGAGCUCGCAAAGGCCGUCCUGUGCCCCACCAGCUUGUUGUAG